GAUUUGCUCUUGUAACUUGACCCGCACAAUUUUAACCGCCCCAUUUUAUUAGCUGUAUCAGUAGAGCUCUACCUGAUAGUUUUCUUUAGAAACAAUUGUACGAUGAUUAAUUUUAUACUUUCUCAAAACUUCUCUGCUAUGUAGUUGACUUACAUUUUUACAGCUCUACAUAUUUCAUUCUACUAUAUAUUGGCAGCCUAAUCAUACAAACGGGACUAAACCUAAGUCCCAGAUUAUAAGCAGUAAACUGUAAACCAGAGAUAGUAGAAAGAUAAGCACUGUCUCACUGCUAACCAGGCAAUUAACCUUCAGCAAUUAUGCAAGAAGCACCAUCGACUCGAUUUCUCCUGUUCAUCUUCUACCUGACUGCAGUAUCGUCGUCGUCCGGCGUCUCGUCGGCGGCGGCGGCCGGACGCGCCAUAUCGCUGCCUGGGUGCCCCGACAAGUGCGGCGACGUCUCCAUCCCCUACCCGUUCGGCGUCGGCGACCGCUGCGCCGCCGUCGGCCUCAACCCGUACUUCAACAUCACCUGCGACGACGCCGUGAGGCCACCGGUCCCGAAGCUGGGCGACCCUGGCAUGGAGGCCGAGGUCCUCGACAUCACGCUGGAGCGCGGCGAGAUCCGCCUCACCGGCUUCCUCAGCUACGUCUGCUACACGUCGAGCAACAGCUCGUACGCCAGCCUCCCGGGCGGCAUCUUCGUCGGCGGCACGCAGCUCCGCGUCUCGCCGUCGCGCAACCAGCUCACGGUGAUCGGGUGCAGAGCUCUUGGCCUGCUGGUCGGCGGCGCCCACGCGGGCGGCUCCGGCGACGGCGACGAGUACGCCACCGGCUGCUACACCUACUGCGCCAGCCUCAACAGCACGGACGCCGACGGCGCGCCCUGCGCCGGGACGGGGUGCUGCCAGGCGCCCAUCUCGUCGGACCUCGCCUACGUCGGCGGGACGUUCCCGAGCAACUGGACGAACAGCGGUUGGCGCUUCAACCCGUGCUUCUACGCCCUUAUCGCGGAGGUUGGGUGGUACAGCUUCCGGCGGCGCCACCUCGCCGGCGUCCUUGGGUUCGUCAACGAGACCAAGCCCAGCGACAUCCCCGUCGUCCUCGAUUGGGCGGCCAGGGACGGCUGGUGCCCGGCGACGGCGGAGGAGAAGGCGCGGCGGAAGUACGCGUGCGUGAGCGGCAACAGCCACUGCGUCAACUCGAGCAACGGCAUGGGUUACUCGUGCAGCUGCAACCAAGGCUACGAAGGCAACCCUUAUCUUGACAACGGCUGUCAAGAUAUAGACGAAUGCACGCUACGAAGACAGGGUCGCCAAUACGAGGAUGUAUACCCAUGCAAGCACGGUAUCUGCAUCAAUACACCAGGAAGCUACCGUUGCAAAUGCAAGGCAGGAACAAAACCAGAUGGCACGAAUUUUGGAUGCCAACAAGUGCUCCCCAUGGCUGCCAAAGUGAUCAUAGGGCUGAGUGCGUGUUCCAUCUUCGUCAUGGCUCUGUCAUGCAUGCUAGUAAUCCAACUGCAGAGAAGGAAGCACACCAUCGAGAAGCAGGAGUACUUCAGGCGAAACGGAGGCCUGAGGCUGUACGACGAGAUGGUGUCGAGGCAGGUCGACACGGUGCGCGUGCUCACCGUCGACGAGCUCAAGAAAGCCACCGACAACUUCAGCGACGCCCGCGUCCUCGGCCGCGGCGGCCACGGCACGGUCUACCGUGGCACGCUCGACGAUCUCCGGGAGGUCGCCAUCAAGAGGUCCAAGGCGGCGGUCGACGGCGACGGCGACGGCGGCGGCUGCAAGGAGGAGUUCGUCAACGAGAUCAUCGUGCUGUCGCAGAUCAACCACCGCCACGUCGUGCGGCUGCUCGGCUGCUGCCUGGAGGUGCACGUCCCGAUGCUGGUGUACGAGUUCGUCCCCAAUGGCACCCUGUUCGACCUCCUCCACGGCGGGACGGCGGCGCGGCGGCGGCCGGUGUCGCUGGGCCUCCGGCUGAAGAUCGCGGCGCAGUCCGCGGAGGCGCUGGCGUACCUGCACUCGUCGGCGUCGCGCGCGAUCCUCCACGGCGACGUCAAGUCGCUCAACAUCCUGCUCGACGGCGCGCUCGACGCCAAGGUCGCCGACUUCGGCGCGUCGGCGCUGAGGUCCGCCAUGGGCGAGGGCGAGUCGUUCAUCGAGUACGUGCAGGGCACCCUGGGCUACCUCGACCCGGAGAGCUUCGUCAGCCGCCACCUCACCGACAAGAGCGACGUGUACAGCUUCGGCGUCGUCCUCGCGGAGCUCAUCACCCGCAAGAAGGCGGUGUACGAAGACGACGGCGGCGGCGGCGGAGGCUCCGGCGAGAAGCGGUCGCUGUCGUCCACGUUCCUCGCGGCCUCCAGCCGGGGUGAGCUCUGGAGAGUGGUGGACCGCGACAUCAUGGACGGCGACGACGUCGACGCCGUGGUCCGGGAGCUCGCGCGGGUCGCCGAGGAGUGCAUGGGAGCGAGAGGCGAGGAGAGGCCGGCGAUGAAGGAGGUGGCGGAGCGGCUGCAGGUGCUGAGGAGGGUGGAGAUGAUGGAGGCGGCCGCAGGUGUUGAGGUGGUGGAUGGCUUCAAUGGAGGAGGAUUAGUUGGGCGGCAUGGGCAUCUGGACACCACGACGACGACGACGACGUCUUAUUACCAGAGCAUGGAGACGGACAAGCUCCAGCUGGAUGUUGAUGAUCUUGUACGCUAGCUGAUGCUUCUAAAACCUUUACUUCUUCUGUAAAGUAAAAAAAGGUGUAUAUGAGAUUGUAAAUAUGAUAGUUGAACCUACACUACAAAACUACUAGCACUAAAGAAAUGACAAAGCAAAAGAAAAAAAAAUACGCAAGCCAACAAGUCCUGUUAUACGUACACGUUUCACUCCUCUUAUACCAUGCAAACUUAAAACAGAACUCACUCAGAAAUAAGAUGAAUUUUAUUUAUUUUUUGAACAA